UUAGCUGAUCAUGUGAUCAACCGGAGAGGAGCUGGAUAUAAGGAGCCGCUGCACCGACUAUCAGCUGUCUCUUUCACCCUGAAGACACCAGAGGAGGAGGAACAAAAUGUGCACCAGCAUCCAGCCUGUUGAGUGGACCACAGACCUCAAGAACCCGAAUUAUGAUGGCAUCGUGUUGGUGUCCCGGAGCCAAGAAACGCUGCCCCCUGAGCUGGAGAGUCUGAAAGCACCGCUGCUGGACUACAGCUCUGUGGACAGCGGUCUGGGGGACGAGGUGGUUAUCCUGAAGGUCCCUGGUCUCCCUGGUAACCGCCUGGUGUUUGCCUCCACCGGCCCGAUAAACCGCGACUACGAUGAUGUCAGGCGCUUCAGUGAUGCAGCGGUCAACGGCAUCAAACGGGCCUUGAAGGCAGGCAUGCAGCGCCCUCUUCUGGUCUGCCCUCCACACAAGGACUAUAAGAACAGCACCGUGGUGGCUGCACUCGGAGCCCUUCAUGCUCUCUACAUGCCCCUGGAAGUGAGGGAGGGGAAGGUGAAACCCGACGACUACAAGGUGUGUGUUCUGGGUCUGUGGGCAGCUCAGGAGGCUGAGGGACGGAAGCUGGUGGAGCUAGCCGACGCUCUGGAGAGUGGGAGACUGGCAUGUCGUGACAUCGGCGGCUCCGACCCUGAACGUAUGGCUGCUCCUAAUGUGGCUGAUUACGUCCAGGAGCUUUUCAAGGACAGCCCUGUAAAGGUCGAAGUGAUGAGCGACGUGAAGGUUCUGGAGAAAGAGUAUCCCUGUCUGGCUGCCGUCAACCGCUGUGCCGCCACUGUCCCCCGUCACCAGGGCAGAGUGAUCAAGCUGCAGUACUGCGGAGAGGGACCAGUCGAGAAGACGCUCAUGUUGGUGGGAAAGGGCAUCACCUACGACACUGGCGGAGCCGACAUCAAGGCUGGAGGUUUCAUGGCCGGGAUGCACAGAGACAAGUGUGGAGCUGCUGCCGUGGCCGGGUUCUUCCAGAUUUUAGCCAAACUGAAGCCCAAACAUCUGAAGGUCAUUGGCUCCAUGGCCAUGGUGAGGAACAGUGUCGGUGCAGACUGCUACGUGGCCGAUGAGCUGGUGGUUUCCCGUGCCGGUCGCAGGGUGCGAGUGGGAAACACAGACGCUGAAGGACGCAUGGUGAUGGUCGACCUGCUCUGUGAGAUGAAGGAGAAGGCGGUUCUUGAGACUUCUCCUCAGCUGUUUACUAUCGCUACUCUGACUGGUCAUGCCAUCAGAGCCAUGGGACCCAACUACUCUAUCAUCAUGGAUAACGGACCGGCACAGCGCAACAAAACUGCUGCUCAGUGGCAGAAAGCUGGAGAGGCGUUGGGCGACGUGUUCGAGGUGUCCAGCAUCAGACGAGAGGACUACGACUUCCACAAGGGAAAGUCUGAGUACGAGGACAUUCUGCAGUGCAACAACUUGGCGUCCUCCGCUACACCUCGAGGACACCAGACCCCUGCAGCUUUCCUCAUCAUGGCCUCAGGGCUCGACAAGCACGGUGUGGAUUCUGACGCACCUCUGGCGUACUCCCACGUUGACAUCGCUGGGUCCAGCGGUCCUUUCCCCGGUGUCCCGACAGGAGCCCCCAUCCUCGCCAUGGCAACCAACUACAUCCUGUCUGACAUCCUCUAAACGGAUACACCCUUUUAUAAAAAGACCACGCCCUCUGCACUCAAUGCCAACAAAAAUUUGGAACCCUUCCAAAUAUAAAUGAAAUCUCUGCCACAACACGUGACGCAAAAUGUGCAAAUCUUCAUGUCUGACAUUCCUUAAUACAUUAAUAAUACCUCAGAUUGCUUUUCUGCAAAAAUGCUCCUUUUUUUAAGAUCUUGUGACAUUCGUUCUGCCUGCACCAAGUGUCAAAUGACCCUGUUCUUAAGUGGCCUGAAUCAACAUAUAUAUACUCAGGGGUUAAAUGGCAUUAUAAAACUAUCAUCCUUUUUAUAUGUGUGUCUGAAUGUGUGCGACAAACCGGGGACAUGGUUGUGUGAUUAGUGAUGCUGUGUGUCAGUUAAAACAAGCACUUAUCAUUGAUCAAUAAAACCAAAUUUAGACGUUAAA